AGUUGCGUGCGACAGUGUUCCGACAGCAGUGGGGGGGGGAGCGCAACGCGUGGGGAGUUCGCGAUUCCCACCGGCUGGGGGUGGACGCGAGGCCUCGGCCCAUUGCCGCUGCCGCCGCCGCUGCUGCUGCUGCUCCUCCACCUCCUGUAUGCACCCCACCCCCCACCACGGAGCCUUCACUCACGCACUACGAGGCGAGGAGAACGCGUGCCUCCGUGAUGCCCGCACUCGGCCCGGGCUACUGGAGCGGCUACCGGCUCUGAGGCCGUGACCCCGAGGCACACAACAACCCCCCCCCCCGCCACCUCUCGCCCGCAUCGUCCCGUCGCUUGCGAGCAGGAUGCAGUGCGUCCCUGCCAGGUGCCCUUUGCUGCUGUUGAGGCUGCGCCAGGGCUCCCGUGCCCCCCGCGUGAGCUACGGACGCGCCGGGCGCUGGGCCGCGCCGGCCCGUGGCCCUUGCCGCACGGCGUUGGCGGCGUUGAUUUGCCGCGGGGCUCCGCGGUUAUGGCCCCAAGGCACGACCGCGUUGGCGAGGGCUGCGUCGGGCUUGCAGGCUUCCGCGGAGCGAUGGGCCCAGGCGACGAGCGGCGGCGCUGGGGUGCGACGAACGGGUCUGAGGGUGGUGGUCCCGGGGCUUCCAGGGGUCAUCGUGCCCUGGGGGGGUCACCUGGGAUUCGCGGCUCCCGACGCACGGGCCUGGAGCCUCCACCACGUCAGGAGGUUCGCGAGUGGCCCUGACGAUGGACGAGGCCUCAAGCAAGCGGGUGACACUGGCGCGGCUUCCGAGGUUGGGGGUGUUAAGAGCGCCGAUGACUCCUCCAAGGACUUGAAGAAGCUGAUGGCUCUGGCACGACCCGAGAGUCGGACGCUCGCCGCGGCGGUGGGGCUUCUGUGCAUAUCGAGUGUGGUGACAAUGUCGGUGCCGUUCUGCCUGGGCAAGGUCAUCGAUGUGAUCAACAGCACUGGCGGCGUAGACAUGGCCCCCACCGACUUGGCUCACCUGGCCACCGUGCUCUCCGGCAUCUUCAUGGCCGGGGCCGUCGCAAACGCCGGCCGUGUCUAUCUCAUGCAGGUGUCAGGCCAACGGAUUGUGCAGCGACUCCGCGACUCCCUCUUCCGUGCCAUCAUGCGGCAGGAGCUCGGCUUCUUUGACCGGACGCGCACGGGCGAGCUGGUGAACCGACUGUCUGCUGAUACGGCCCUAAUGGGCCGCGCUGUCACGGAGAACUUGUCCGAUGGACUGAGAUCUUUGGCCCAGGUCACGGUCGGCAUCGGCAUGAUGUUCUACGUCUCGCCGAAGCUGGCCACCUUUGUCCUGGGCGUGGUGCCGCCCAUCGCACUGAUCGCCGUGGUGUACGGCCGCUACCUGCGCCGCAUCACCAAACGCACGCAGGACUCGCUCGCCGAGGCCACGCAGGUGGCCGAGGAGCGCAUAGGGAACAUUCGCACGGUGCGGUCGUUUGCGAAGGAAGAACUUGAGAUGGAGAAGUACUCCUCCAAAGUGAACUACGUGCUACAGCUGGCAUACAAGGAGGCUUUGGCUCGAGCCGGCUUCUUUGGGGCGACGGGGCUGUCUGGCAACCUCAUCGUCUUGGCCGUGCUGUACAAGGGGGGACUGCUCAUGCAGAGUGCACACAUCACCGUCGGGGACCUCUCUGCUUUCCUUCUCUACUCUGGUUGGGUGGGCAUCAGCAUCGGAGGACUGAGCUCUUUCUACUCGGAGCUGAUGAAGGGGCUGGGAACUGGCAGUCGCAUCUGGCAGCUACUGGAUCGUCAGCCGACCAUCCCACUUGGUGAGGGGCAGGUGGUGCCGUUGCAGGCGCUGCGCGGGGAGAUCGAGUUCCGUGGAGUGCACUUUGCCUACCCGACUCGUGAAACCGCCCCGGUGUUCCGCUCGCUGGACCUCGCGGUGCCGGCUGGCCAGGUCACCGCCGUCGUGGGCCCCAGCGGCUGCGGGAAGUCUACGCUCCUGUCGCUAUUGCUACGCCUCUACGACCCGCAGCAAGGUCAAGUACUAAUUGAUGGGCAGGACGUCCGGGAGGUGAACCCAAGCUGGCUACGAUCGCAAAUUGGCACCGUCAGCCAGGAGCCCAUCCUCUUCUCGUGUUCAAUCGCGGAAAACAUCGCGUACGGCGCCGCCAACCCCGAGGCCGCGAGCAAAGCGGACAUCGCCCGCGCGGCGCAGGCGGCCAACGCCUUCGGCUUCAUCGAGGGCUUCCCCAGCGGCUUCGACACGGUCGUCGGCGAGAAGGGGGUGCUGCUCUCCGGUGGCCAGAAGCAACGAAUUGCAAUCGCACGAGCCAUCCUGAAGAAUCCAAAUAUCCUCCUGCUGGAUGAAGCAACAAGUGCGUUGGACUCGGAGAGCGAGUCACUGGUGCAGGAGGCGCUGGACCGGCUGAUGACGGGACGCACGGUGCUGGUGAUCGCGCACCGCCUCUCCACAAUCCAGGGCGCGGACCGCAUCGCCGUGCUUGAGCGAGGCCGCGUGGCCCAGGCCGGCACUUACGCACAGCUGACGGCCGACACGGGCGGCAUGUUCCAUCGCCUAGUGGAGCGCCAGACCGCGGCACACCACGCGGUCGUAGGGGACCAGCGUGCCGGAUGAGCGGCGCAUGUCAUCGUCACCAUGUCGUUGGAACUCAAAAGGCUGAUCGCCAAUUUCGACGAACAGCGACUUUGCCUUUUCAUGUAAAGGGAUACGAGGAGAAACUGCCGAAUGAUAUGCGCGAGCUGCCCGAACAUCGAUUAUGAAAAUCUUCAUGCCAGGUGGACAACACGAUGAGCCAGAUGAUGAUCGGGGUUGCUGUAGUUGUGGCGGAUGUGAAGGAUGUAUCUUGCCAAGUCAGUGCUGGCACCAAACUACUUCCUGAGAAAUCCGUUGUCCCACCCUAUUACUUUUGCGUGCACUUACAUUGUAACCACAUUACUCUCGUUCUAUAGCUGUGCUGUGUCGUGUUUUAAAACGGAGCAGACGCAAACGUGGACACGAUGCAGUCGCAGGAUCCAAAGUGCCACCUUGUGCCGUGGAAUCAAAAUUGUCCACACAGGUGAUGGGAAAUGAUGUGGCAUCUGUUGAAUCUUGUUAGACUUAUAAGAUGAUAUUCUGUGAGUACUGAUUCAAAAAGUCUACACAAGGCAGGUUGUGCAGUGUUUCUACCAAUAACAUUGCUAAUUGUGUAAGUUUGUGCCGUUGGUAUUCAGGGAAGAUGAGAGCGGUGAAUCCCACAAUAUUUGAAAAAAAUGUAAAUGAUCAGCCACACGCUAUCACAAUAACAGUGUCUUUAAAAUGCCAAUAUUAAAGGCCAAAUAUAUUUUGUAUAUGAGAUAUUUUAAUCUAUUUUAUAUGUGCAUUAUGAUGUGUAGAUUGUCUCUUGUAAAAAUGGUCUUUUGGUUUUUUCCCUCGGGCGCAUGUCCCAUACUUGUGCUCGAUCGCAUUAGAACCGAGUCUCCACCUCUCGAAGAACCAUCCGAGCUUUGAGCGCUGGGUCUGGAUGCCCCUCCCCCGCACUCUGAAUAUUACCCUGUAAAGAAAGCCCACCUCAAGAAUUUACAAAAGGGAACUUUUUAUGGUAUUUUUUUUGCAAUUUUGAUAAAAAGCCAUCGCUGGUCUGUGGAACUGCAUCAGCUUGUUGGAUAACCACAGGGAUUGAUGUGAUACCAAAUUACUUGGCCGUAAAUGGAGGAGACGCUACUUUAGACAUCGCUCUAGUGAUUGGAGCAGGUUUGCCUGGUGUGGUUUUUAUACAUUCCACUUUUAAAUAAAGACCAUUCAUGAUGA